AGUCACUAAAUUUGAGGCGACUGCAAACCUGAAUGACCACGUACUCAACAGUCUAGCUGGAGCGUUUGUAGUGCGUGCAACUCAUACUAACAACAACUUCCAGCGUCACAUAAAAGUUAACAGCACCAAUACCAGCCAUCAACCACCAACCAAUACACACACACAUACACUGACAACAGGCGAAGCGAACUUUCGAUACCAAAACAAAAACAAACAGGAAGAGGAACAACAAAAGCAAAGCCAAAAACAUGAAUCGCAUCAGUACUGCCGUCUAUCGCCAUUGGAAUGCUUCGCUAGCGAACAUCGCGCAGGCGAAUACCAGCCGUAGUUGUAGACUCCCGGCAGCAGCUUUUAUAAACGCCAAACGCGAAAUGUCCUCGUCAUCGUCGCAUAAUGCCGCCGCGUCGGACAAAUGUCUGUCGCUGGACAACAUAAAUCCGCAAUUCAUCGAAUUGGAGUACGCCGUGCGUGGUCCACUAGUCAUACGUGCUGGUCACAUCGAAAAGGAAUUGCAGCAGGGUGUGAAGAAACCUUUCGACCAAGUGAUUCGCGCCAACAUUGGCGAUUGCCAUGCUAUGGGACAAAAGCCUAUCACGUUCCUGAGACAGCUGCUCGCGCUUACAUUGGAUACCAGUCUCUUCGACUCGCCCGCCUACCCUGAGGAUGUGAAGAAGCGCGCACGCAUCAUCUUGGAUGGCUGCCAAGGUCAAUCAGUCGGCUCAUACACCGACUCCGCUGGCAUCGAAGUGAUACGCCGCCAAGUGGCUAACUUCAUCGAGAAGCGUGAUGGCAUUCCAUCCAACUGGGAGAACAUUUACCUGACUGCUGGUGCCACACCCGGCAUCAAAAGCAUACUCUCACUUGUGCGCGCUAAGGUUGGCGGCAAACGUCCCGGCGUGAUGGUGCCCAUACCACAAUAUCCACUCUACUCGGCCACCAUCUCCGAAUACGCCAUGAACCGUAUCGGUUACUACCUGAACGAGGCGCAGAACUGGAGUCUGGAGGUGCCCGAACUGGAACGCGCCUACAAUGAAGCACGGAAGACGAGCGAACCACGUGCGCUGGUCGUCAUCAACCCGGGCAAUCCCACCGGUCAGGUGUUAACACGAGAAAAUAUCGUCGACGUCAUCAAAUUCGCGCAUAAACACAAGCUGCUGUUGCUAGCCGAUGAAGUGUAUCAGGCGAAUAUCUACGACCCGAACUCGAAAUUCUACUCCUUCAAGAGUGUCGCCUACGAAAUGGGUUCACCCUAUAGGGAAAUGGAAUUGUGCAGCUUCUUGUCCACUUCGAAGGGUUAUCUAGGUGAAUGUGGCAUACGUGGUGGCUACAUGGAGGUUCUAAAUAUGUGCCCACAAGUACAAGCUAUGCUAACGAAAUCGAUAACGGCGUCGCUGUGCAGCACCACCGCCGGUCAGGUGGCGGUGAGCGCUUUGGUUUAUCCACCAGAGAAGGGCGAGCCCUCAUACGAGCAAUAUAUUGCUGAAAGGACUGCUGUUUUGGAUGGUCUCAAGGAGCGCGCCGAGUUGGUGUACAAAACAUUCAACAGCUUCGAAGGCUUCAAGGUGAAUGUGGUGCAGGGCGCUAUGUACGCCUUCCCACAAAUCGUCAUACCACCAAAGGCCAUUGCGGCAGCUAAAGCGAAGAACAUGCCACCCGACACUUUCUAUGCAUUUGAAUUGCUGGAAUCAACUGGCAUUUGCAUUGUUUCCGGCAGCGGUUUCGGCCAAAAGGAGGGCACAUAUCACUUCCGCACCACAAUUCUGCCACAAACCGACAAGCUGAAAAUCAUGUUGGACAAAUUCCAAACCUUCCACGCCGACUUCAUGAAGAAAUACAAGUAAACUGUAUUUUGCGCACGAAAUAGGGCAGCCAAGUGAUAUACAAGAAAUGUGGCAUGCGGCAUGGGAAUGUUGUGGCGUUGCAACAUAAUUACUAUUUGAUGGCGUUGUGUGUUUUGGACGAUUUGCGAUUGUUUUAUUGUGUUAUUUUCAACAUUUUUAUAAUAUAAAGUAAUUAGUAAGCGCUUAGACUAAAUUAAAGGCAGGAAAGUUAUUGCUUAAAAAUAUAAUUGAAGAAAUUAAAAAAUGUGUACUCGUAAAAAAUAUACAUACAUACAUACAUAGGUUCGUAAAAAUGUAUUAGUUAAACGAUUGUUAAUUUUUACAUUGUUGUAGCUAAAGUUAUAAACGUAAAAUAUUGGAAAACUGAAAAUGUAUACAUAUUUGUAUUGUAAAUUUGCCAAAUUUUGAUUGAGAAAAAAUAUUAAAUUGCAUGAAAAGUGCUUGUGGUUUUAUUUUCGAUUGGCUUUGCUUAUUGGUGUAAUUGUCUGAUAUUAAGAAAAAUAAAAUAACCGUUUACACAA